AUGGAAGUAGUGCAGAAAGAACACAGCCGACUCCUCAAGAGGACUGAGGGGUCUCAAGGCAUCAAGAAUGUUCAGUCGGCAAUUGAGUCACUCCAGUCUGCUCGCGAUGCCAUAGCUGCUGAUCCAUCCGCUGCCUCUGCCACCCUAGCCACCCUUCAGAACUCGGUCAAAUCGUCCUUUGACUCUAUCAAUGACAGCUUGAAAGAGACUCACAGUGGCCUCAACAAGUACACCAAAUCUCUAGAUAAGCUUUUCAAAGAUCGACCACUGCCUGGCACCGACGACGAUGGCCUCUCUUCGCACGAACACCUGAUCAACCGCGCUAUCGCCAUGCAUCUCCUUCGCGAAGGCCAGUUCGGCGUGGCCGCCACCUUCCUCUCCGAGAUCGCCGAGCAGAAGACAAUACAUCCAGUUUCGCAAAACGGGCGUGGGCCGACCAAUCCACCCGCCAGCCUUCUCGAUAUCGAUGAAGUCCCUUCGACCGAGAUCCGGAAACAAUUCGCCUCAAUGUACUAUAUCCUACAACAACUACAAGAGAACAGGAACUUACUGCCUGCAAUCGAAUGGUCGAGAGAAAACCGCGAGGCGCUGGAAGCCCGAGGCAGCAAUCUCGAAUUUGAGCUCUGUCGACUUCAAUAUGUAUGGCUGUACCAUGGCGGAGCGAACAGCCAGGGAACCGCGAGCGGAUGGCUAGCUGCUCUCGAGUAUGCGCGGCAGGAAUUCCAUGUCUUUGUGCCUCGAUAUUUGAGAGAAGUUCAGCAGCUGGUCGGAGCAAUGGCGUACUCGCCCAACCUCGGCGGGUCGCCGUAUGCAGCUCUCUUCAAUAACAGCUCGGCCUGGGAUGACGUAGCUCACUUCUUCACUCGCGAGUUUUGUUCUUUGCUGGGCCUUUCGGCGGACUCGCCCCUAUACAUUGCUGCUACGGCGGGCGCAAUCGCUCUGCCGACGCUAUUGAAGUUACAGACGAUUAUGAAGUCGAAGCGGACGGAGUGGACAUCCGACAACGAGCUUCCGGUUGAAAUACCCCUCCCUCCCCAAUAUCUCUUCCAUUCGAUCUUUGUCUGUCCGGUGUCAAAGGAGCAGGCGACCGAUGAGAACCCUCCUAUGAUGAUGCCAUGUGGACAUGUCAUUGCACAGGAAUCGUUGAAACGCCUUGGCAAGGGUAAUCGGUUUAAAUGCCCGUAUUGUCCUAGCGAAAGCCACCCCAAGGAUGCCAGGAAAGUAUUCCUGUAA